CAGCUGCCUGUCGGCGCGACCCCGCUCCAUUUCUCGCGGGACCCGAGCCCCGGCUCGACGUCCGUUCUCUCCUCGACGCCCGGCGCCGGGGUCGCCAUGGUUCACUUCUUACACCCGGGCCUCACGCCCCGUCUCGUCAUCACUCCUGACGCCCACAGGGAUGCUCUGAGCCGCUGCGUGGUGCAGGAGGAAUCAUCUCCCCAUUCUUUGGUCAACAUCUGCCUGAAUGUCUUGGUUGCUAACUUGGAGAAGUUAUGUUCUGAAAGAUCUGAUGGAACUCUGGGUUUUCCAGAGCAUUGGAGUUUCCCUCAGGAAGUAGCUGAUCGAUUCCUAAGGGUGAUGACUUGGCAAGGUAAACUAACUGAUAGAACAGCAAGAAUUUUCCAAGGCAGCCAGAUGAAACUGAAGCUGGUUAACAUUCAGAAAGCUAAAAUCUGUACAGCUACAUUUAUAAAAGCCUUCUGUCAUCACAAGUUUACUGAACUGGAUGCUACUGCAGUACACAAUGACCUCCCAAUCCCAGACAUCCUAAGUGGACUCUGCAGCAAUAGUUGGCUCCAACAAAACCUCCAAUGUCUAUUUCUGGACUCAGUGAGCAGCCCUCAAGAUUCAAGACUAUUGUUCCUUGGUCAGCUCACUGGUCUUCGCGUUUUAAGUGUUUUCAACGUUUGUUUUCGUAGUGAAGACCUAGCUAAUGUUUCUCAGUUACCGAGACUAGAAAGUUUGGAUAUCUCCAAUACUCUGGUUACCAACAUAUCUGCACUCAUUAACUGUAAGAAUCGACUCAAAUCUCUCACAAUGCAUUAUCUGAAAUGCCUGGCCAUGACUAAACCACAAGUCCUCGCUGUCAUUAGAGAACUUAAAUGUCUGCUUCAUCUUGAUGUUUCUGAUCACAGGCACCUCAAAUCAGACCUAGCUUUUCAUUUGCUACAACAGAAGGAUAUUCUGCCUAAUAUUGUGUCACUGGAUAUUUCGGGUGGUAUCAAUAUCACCGAUGGAGCCGUAGAACUGUUCAUCCAACAACGACCUGCCAUGCAGUUUGUGGGACUAUUGGCUACGGAUGCUGGCUAUUCAGACUUCUUUACUACCAAGCAAGGCUUGAGGGUUGCUGGAGGAGCCAAUAUGAGUCAGAUUUCAGAAGCAUUGAAUCGAUAUAGGAAUAGAUCAUGUUUUAUGAAGGAAGCCCUUUGUAGGCUCUUAACAGAGACAUUUUCGAUGCAAGUAACCAGGCCUGCUAUUUUAAAGCUUGUGGCUGUAGGAAUGAGGAAUCAUCCAUUGGAUUUGAUACUGCAAUUCACAGCCAGUGCUUGCACCCUCAACUUAACACGCCAAGGCCUGGCCUGGGGAAUGCCUGUUCGUCUCUUGUCAGAAGUUACCUGUUUACUUUUCAAGGCUCUGAAAAAUUUUCCCCAUUAUCAGCAGUUACAGAAGAAUUGUCUUCUCUCCUUAACCAAUUCCAGGAUUCUUGUGGAUGUUCCAUUUGACAGGUUAGAUGCUGCCAAGUUUGUCAUGAGGUGGCUCUGUAAACAUGAAAACCCCAAGAUGCAAACAAUGGCAGUGAGCAUCAUCUCUAUUCUGGCUUUGCAGCUCUCACCUGCACAAACUGCACAACUUAAAGACCUUUUCAUGGCAGUCAAGGAACUUCUAGCUAUAGUAAAACAGAAGACUACAGAGAAUUUAGAUGAUGUCACUUUCUUGUUUACUUUGAAAGCCCUUUGGAAUCUUACAGAUGAGUCUCCAACUGCCUGCAAGCACUUUAUUGAAAAUCAAGGAUUGCCAGUCUUCAUUCAGGUUUUGGAGACUUUUUCAGAAUCAGCAAUCCAAAGCAAAGUACUUGGUCUUUUGAACAACAUAGCUGAGGUGAGAGAACUCUCUUCCACUCUGAUGACUGACAGUGUGGUCACGCAUAUCAGCAGUUUGCUCCAUAGCAAAGAAAUAGAAGUCAGCUAUUUUGCUGCAGGCAUCAUAGCCCACCUGACAUCAGACAGGCAGCCCUGGCUAUCCCGUGACCUGCAGAGGAGUGCCCUUCUCCAGGAUCUGUAUGCAACUAUCCAGAACUGGCCAAGUUCAAGUUGUAAAAUGACCGCAUUGGUGACCUACAGAUCCUUCAAGGCAUCCUUUUUCCCACUUCUUAGCAACUUCUCUCAACCAGAGGCUCAGCUGUGGGCACUAUGGGCUCUAUAUCAUGUCUGCAGUAAAAACCCCAACAAAUACUGCAAAAUGUUAGUCGAAGAAGGAGGAUUGCAGCUGUUGUGUGACAUCCAGGAGCACAGUGAGGCACACCCCCAAGCACAGCAGCUUGCAACCUCCAUUCUAGAUGAUUUCAAAAUGUAUUUUAUGAAUUAUCAGAGAUCCCAUCUAUGUUGAAUGCCCUUCUUUACUUAGGAGGUUUCAGAAGUAUUCUCUGUUCCUCAGUGUCAGGUAUUCUCCCCUAUCAACAAUUGAAUGUUGACACUGGUUUGUGGUGUUUGAGUUGGCUGCCUCAUUGGUCUUUCGUUGUUAAUUUUCUAUAAGUUAACAAAAUAUUGGAUUUAUAUAAUUCCAAGAAAAAUUGUAAUCAUUUGGGGAACAUACCUUUAGCACUUUUGAAAAAACCAAACCCUGGACUCUGUGGGCUCUGGGAGUUCACGUUCGAACAACUACACCAUUACUAUUUUCUAGUUCUGGAUAAUUUCUUAACUCUCAGAGUUUGUCAGAGGAAGGGUAAACAAACGACCUCCCCACCCCUUGCCAGGAAGACCUUGAUAUUUGUUAAAUUUCAUGCUUGAAAGAAUUUUUCCAGUUAUUCCUGGUUAUGUGAAGCCACUGGAAAAAGAAGUACAUGAAAAAAGUUCUGGAAAGUAUAUGCUCAUAAAUGUAUUGUUUGGAAGGUUGAACCUCUGUUAGAAAGGAGGAAAAAGAAUAAAAAAAUGUUUGUUUUGAUAUUAAAGUGCUUUCUACUUUUU